AUGCUGGAGGUCUUCGACUCUGACCAAGACGGCAGCGUGGAUUUCAAAGACUUCUGGAAGGCCCAACUGCACUUCCGAGCCUUGGUCACCACCUGGUUCCCUCUCGUCUCCGGGACCCACCUGCCGAGUGAUGGAAGCACGGCCAUGAGCGAUGGGCGAAGUCGCGCGGACAACCUGCGCUGCUUCCUUCAGCGGCGAUUCGCAGAGGCCUGGCCGGGGCUCCCAGGGCAUCGGCCCCUGGCCCUGGCCCUGGCGGCGGAGCGGGUCGCUGGCGAGACGCUGUCCGAGAGAGAGGCGCGGCAGCAAUUCAGAUUGGUUGGCAUGACGUUGGCACAGGAGAUACGAGAGAGGCGCCCCGACUGGGUCCUUUCUGCCCCGGAAGAAGAUCUGCCGGGCCUUUUGCAAGGACUGCUACAGCAGAAGAGCGCCAGGAAGGAUGCCUUUGCAUCUCUGGAUGAGAUCCACCGGCGCUUGCGGGAGCGACGAGAAGUGCGCCUGACGGACGAAGAGUUGGAAACCUAUCGACAGUGUGCCCCAAUUGUCGGCAGCAAAGACUGGUCCAAAGCGACCGUCUCCUGGAUUUUGGACGAGCUGCAGUCACCAGGCAUGCCACCGUGGACAGAACUCUGUCUGCUGGAUGUCGGCAGCAGCUACGGUGCUUUUUGCGGGCGUGGCAUGCGCGUCGUUGCUCUGGACCUGGCUCCGGCACAUCCGGAGGUCCUGCCCGGUGACUUCUUGCAGCUGGACGUGGCCGAGGCCAAAGAGCUCCACAGUCUGGAUGCUUCGGGACGCCUGAAAUCUCUCAAGGCUGCAGGCUUUCACGCUGUGGUCAUGAGCCUGGUUCUGUCCUUCCUGCCGACACCGGAGCUCCGUCGAGCGAUGCUGGACAAGGCACGCCAAUGCCUUUGCGUCGGCGGAGCGCUGCUGCUCGUUGAGAAAACCUCACUGGCACCCACUGGCCCCACGGGCGCCGCACAGCGACGGCGCUUUGAGGAGGCGCUGACAGCUGCAGGGUUUGAGCUACGCAGGUAUGCUGCGGUGGGCCACCUCGAAGGCGACAAGGGUCAUCCUCAUGCUCAUGCCUGGCACUUGAAGCGGGCAGAGGUCCAGCUCCGCUCCGAGCCAUUGCCCUGCUUCAAGGAGGACGAGAUCCCAGAAGAUGAUGCAAAGCAAGAGCCAGAGCGCAAGCGCAAAAGAGUGCAACACAUUUCUGUUGCCUGCCCACUCCUUUCACUUUCCAUCUCCACCAUGAUCUUGCGCCCCCUGGUGAGCAUGGCAACGCUCAUGACGAUAGUCUCCGGAGCGAGGCCAGCUCGCUCCAGGCAUGAGAAUGAGUUGUCCGAUUUGGUGGUUGGCAAUGAGACACAGAAAGACUGUCGCACCGAGAAACUCGACACCUUGCUUCCUGCAUUCUAUAAAUUUUACCGAAACCAGGACAAGGUUCCAGGCCACUGCAAGCGGACGUGUAUCGACAAGAGUGAUUUGAAAACCACUAUGGCCAGCAGCACCUUCAGCAGUCUGGUUCACGGUGCAGUACUGUCGGAUCCUGGCACGGCCCCACUGAAGGCGCUCAUUAUGGGAGGUAUCUAUGCCAGCGGGGCGAUCCCCAAUCAGCUCCAGCAAAGCUUUUGUACCCAAAUUGUCUCCUCCAUUGUCAUCUCCUGCCCACGGUAUCAGGGCAAAGGUGGUGAUUGCCCACUCGACAGCUCGGACAAAAACCCUUAUUGCAAAGACGCCUUCGCGGCAGGCCUGAAGGGCAGGGAUGGAGGCGAGGCUGAGUUCAACUGCGCGGUUCAAGGAUGGUGGGACGCCUGCUGCAAGGUGCGAGAUGUUCCGGCGGACUUCAGAGAUGACGAGUGCACCAACUGUGGACAAGACAUGUAUUUCUGCUCCGGGAUGGAAGGCUGCUAUGAGCCCGGAGCAAUCACUACUGGAGCGGUCCUCGCCCGAAGAAAAAGCCUGUUCCGCAAAGGGUGUCGGCAGUUAAAGGAGGUUCAGGAUCCAAUGCUGGCACAGGCCGUCAGAGUGUCGCAGCAGGACGCAUAUCGCUAUGCAAUCACUGUGUCCAGGACAGAGUGCUUGACCUGCGCGGUACCUGGAGAUGUCACGUGCCGCAAGCCCUUCCUGUGUAUUCGUAGGUCGGAGCUCGAGCAGCGAAUUCAGGAGAUGCAGAGCCUGCGUGUCCGGGAGCUCCGGGCACAGCUCGAGAGCCUGGGCCUCUCGACGCGCGGCCGCGUGGACCGGGAGUCACUGGUGGAGCUUCUGGAAACCGAAGGUCGCAGGGUACUCUCAACGGGCCACUCCGAGGAGGAAGGCACUGACGCCGAGGAGAGCCCGGUGCCGGAGAGCGCGAAGCCAGAGGAGCUGCCGCUUGAGGUGCAGCAGAAGUUGGAAGAGCUUCGAGCGCUCAAGGCUCGUGACCUCCGCAAGCAGAUGAUCGCGCUGGGCCUGAACUGUGAGGGGCGCGUGGACAAGGAAUCAUUGCUGGAGCUCUUGGAAGACCAGGGUGCCGACGCCAUCCUGCACCCACCGAAGAAAGAGGAGAACAAGCAGAAGAAGAAUCCUUUCAAAGACAAGAAGAUGAAGAAGCCGCCGGUGGCAGCCCAGCCGAAGGAAGCUGCAAUCGCGCAAGUCAGCAUGUCCUUAGCUGUGCGUGGAGACCUCGCGAAGUUGCACCUCCCCAUGGUGCUGCCGUGGAAAGAUCUGGAUGCCCGCCUCGAUGACAUCUACCAGCGAUCAGUGGGAGACCUUGACGAAGCGAGCAGCGACGAGGGUGAGACGGAGGAAGACGAAGGCCGCAAAGCAGCCCGGCAAGAGAAGACCGGGUGCAUCAUCGAGGAUGUCGCAGAGCGUGCCAUCACUGUCAAGCAGCUGCGCAGCCUCCGGACUUUUCUUCAGUAUCUGACCAAAACCGAGCUGCUGAAGCACACCACGGAGCACUCCAAGGGGAAGGGAAGCCAUGGAAAGCUGAUCCCAUGGACGAGCCUCAACAUGUAUCACAUCACCAACGAGGUGAUCAAGAAGGUGAUCCCACACGUCGACCCCAAGGGAGAGCAUUUGGAUGAAGAUCGGCGAUGGUACAGCUGGGUGGAGUUCGUGGCGGAGGAGCCUCAGCCUGCCAAGAUCAUGUUCAGCCACUGGUGGGGAGGACGCUUCAUGGACUUCAUGCAGGCAGUGGACAAGAUGACCAUGGACCGGGCCCUGAGCAUCUACACCCCCAUUUGGAUCUGCACUUUCGCGAACUGUCAGUUCGGAGAGAACUUUGGCUCGAAGCUCAUGGACUGUCCCUUCAUCCGGACUUUGAAGACGGUGGACCUCACGGUUCUGGUCGUCGAUUACCAGGCUGGCUCGCUGACUCGAACGUGGUGCGGACUUGAGGUGCACUACACCACUAACAACGACAUAGACUUUGUCCUCUACACCUCUGCGGGGCGUGUCGGUUCCACCUAUGUUUCUGGUGGGCCGUUGGUCGAGGCCGUGAAGACCUGGGACAUUCGCUCCAGCGAAGCCUCAGAUCCGCAAUAUCGCAGGCAGAUCCUAAACUAUGUAGCGAAGGUCAACGAGUUAGAAGGCCUGAAGAAGGACGCCGAUGGUCAGAUGGUCCUGGACAAAAUGGGACGCCCUUCCCUCGACGGGAAUGCGAAGGAUCCCAGUUGGCCGAACCGGUCCAACGGUGAGAAGGAGUAUGCCCACGAAGCCAACCUCUUCAAAAAGCACGCGAAGCGCUUCGAGGAUCUCAACAUGAUGGUCCGUCUUCGCGUUAUGGCGAAUCUCGGAUUGCCCAAGAAGGCCAAGGGCUGCGAGGUCGCGGAGAUGGCCCUGCGCGGUGUGACUUUGAACCAGUUACGUGUCUUCACGGCGAAGUUGGAGGCAAGCUGCCCAUGGCAUGCAGAUGACGAGGAUUGUCCAUGGUUUGAACGCCUGGACGUCGAGUUCGAGGGACCCGUGGAGUUCGAGCACCUCCGGAUUGAGCAUGUGUCCGAGUGGGUGAAGGAAUUUACGGAGGAGCGAAACUGUUCCUACAUGGAACUUGUGGCUGAUGAGCCCCAGAAGCCGCAGUAUGCAGUCACCUUCUCCUCGAGCAACUUCUGGCACGAGCGAAUGUCUGCUAUAGAGCUGUUUGCAGAGGCGCAGCACCUGCCAGACUCGACGAUUUUCUUUGUGGAAAUUCUCGGAGUGAACCCCCACGAUGACGCUGAAGAUCCCGAAGUGUGCUGGAAGUCGGUGAAGACCGAAGUUGAGGGCAUCAUCUGUCAGCUCUCCAAAACCUCCGAACUGCAAGAGGAUGAGACGAUCAACCUUAGCAUCGGUCCGCUGAUCUUCGAGGUGGGCACGGACAAAGGCAUCUACUUCGCCAGCAGCGAUGGUGUGCUGGCUUGCAGCCAGGCCUUUCGAAGCGGAAACUGGGUUCAUGGCGACUUCGACGUCCAGGUGAUCUACCGGCUGCUGAAGAGCCUGCUAAGUAACACUAACGAGGAAGAGGAUGAAGAUGGCGAGGUCGUGGAGAGCAACAACAGCUAUUAUCGCGGUUUGCUUCGGCUUCACCAGUGGCUUGCCGGCCCCGUCCUGCGACGAGCCGCCAGGAAUGAUGACGUGCAGGCCAUCAAGGACAUUUGCAGCCUACCCGGCCUGCGGCUGUCCAGCGACACCAUGAAAGACAACGUUGGGAGGAUGCCCCUGCACAUCGCCAUCGCGUGCCGAUCCUGGUCAGCCAUGACAGCUCUUUUGGAGGCGAAGAUGGAUCCGAACGUUGAGGAUGACAUGAAGGAUCGACCGUUGCACUAUGCAGCAUUGGCCGGCCACGCUGCAGCUGCCAAGGAGUUGGUCGCUGCCGGCGCAGACCCUUGGGCGGAGAAUUGCUUCACCGAGAAUGCGCUGGAGGUAGCAAGACAGAGCCCAGCUGCCUUCUUGGGUGUGAACACGUCGGAGGUCGAAAAGAUUCUCAAGGAUGCCACGGCGGGCAUUCCUUCUAAGAAGGCCUUGGGGCUUUUCCGAGCCUUCGUCCGCGACCAGCGCCGGCCCUCCGCAGCCGGCAGUGGCGCACGCGCUGCACGGCAGUUGUCUCACGCCGAUUCGUAG